AUGCCUCUUCGCAAAGAUCUCAAGGACACAGACCUUCUCAUCCCGGAUGACAAGGUCAAAUUCCACCCACCAACCGGUCUCUCUGUCCUCAUUGUGGGUGCCGGAGUGGCAGGCCUGAUGUCGGCACUCGAAUGUAGACGCAAAGGUCACGAUGUUCGUGUCAUUGAGAGGGUCCCAUCUCCCAGUACCGAAGGGGACUUUUUCACCAUUGGCAGCCAAGUUAUUCGCCAUUUCCAGCUUCAUUGGCCGAAGUUGGCCGAGGAAUUCGACAGGAUCAACUACACCGGAUUGGUUGCUUACCAUAAGAUUACCGGUGAACGUGUUUCUGAACCUGAAGAACCAUCGUUUGUUGAUAUCGCAUACACCCAUCCAGAUGGUACAGAGAGAACCGUCAAGUGGCAUCGCCACAACCGACCCAAGUUCGUCGCGGCCCUUUUGGACCAAGUCAAAAGUGUCGGCGUUGACGUCAGUCAUGGUCACCGCGUCACUGACUACUUCGAGGACGAGGAGGCGAAGGAAGCAGGUGUCAUCCUUCAGGAUGGCAGUAAGCUCAAGGCGGAUGUUGUCAUUGCUGCUGAUGGCGUGGGAACCAAGAGUCACAAUCUCGUGAGUGGCCACGACAUUCGAGCUUACCCGAGUGGAUUCUCCAUCCUCCGUACUGCCUUUCCCAUCGAGCUGGCUAUGGAGGAUCCUGACAUCGCGGCACGAUGGCCCUUGUAUGAUGGUUCGCGCCCACUUAUUGAGAUGUGGCUGGGAGAAGGCCUCUCUUUCGGCGUUCAGAGAUAUACUGACCUCAUUGCUUGGCACAUGACUCACAAGGGGACCAAUACAGGCUACGAGUCCUGGAGCCAUCACAUCGACGUCAACAAGGUCCUUGAAAUAACGGCUCAAAUAUCAGGAUUCCCCGAGAUAGCCACCCGAUUGAUGAAGAAGACACCCAAGGACGGUAUCAUCGACUGGGAACUCAUGUGGCGCGAUCCGCGUGAGAACUGGGCGUCGCCUCAUGGCCGUGUGAUACAGGUGGGAGACAGUGCCCACACGUUCCUCCCAUCCUCUGGCAACGGCGCUACCCAGGCCAUGGAAGACGCCAUCUCCUUGGCCACUUGCCUCCAGAUCGGCGGUAAGAGCAACAUCAGUCUCGCGACCAAAGUUCACACAAAGCUUCGAUUCCAGCGCACUGCCUGUUUCCAGCUACUGGGGUUCAUAAACCACCAGCGCCAGAACAAUACUAAGUUCGCGGCUGUCGAGGCCGAUCAGGCCAUAUACAAAACACACAUAGGCAAGUGGGCGGACCAUGAUCCAGAGGCAUACGCUUAUGCCAACUAUGGCAACAUUGUCGCACACUUGUUCCAGGGGACGCCAUUCAAAGCCACGAAUAUCCCACCUGGGAACUCUCUGAUCCUGGAGCCAAAAGACAAGCAAUACCUACAGUUCUUCUCGUUCACAACGGUCUUUGCCCAGUAUGAUUUCGGAGACGCCAGCUGUCUUCGCUACAUCACCCAGGAACUGGCAAUGUCCAACAGCAUCAUCAUGAAUAUGGUUCUCGCCAUCUCCGCCAGCGAGAUGCAUAGGCAGGGUCUCCAAAGUAACGGCGCCGAUUGUGGUCUGCGUCGUUACGCUCUCGCCAUGGAGGACUUGCGUGUGGGCCUGGAACGAGUGGCAGGCGUCAGGCCGAAAAUAGGAGUCGAGAUCCUGCUUUUGUCUAUCUUCCUGAUGUUGAAUUACGAGAUUCAUUAUUCGACUUCGCCGGAGCGUAUCAGAGCCCAUCUAGAGGGUCUUCGUGCCCUAGCUUGCUCGAAUGUGACCUUUCUUCGGCAGGAAGCAAAAUACGACCAUCCCGACGAAGAAGGAGAGGCUGCCAAUCUCUCCAUGUGUUGUCAGAUCAUUGUGUGGUCAAUAUAUCUCGACAUAUCCAUGACCAUUUCGGGCGCAUCCAAGUCUCUCUUAACCGAACUCACCGGAUCGCAAAGGCCUUUAUUCGACUUCCGUCGGCUUUGCGCCAAUGCUCGACGUACUAACCUGCUCCUGUGGAAACAUCGAUAUUCGCCCCAGCAACGUUUGAGAGAUGCCACGUUCGCGCGGCCUAUGGAAUUCGGCUUCCAAGUCCUGUCGGCUCGAUUCCACAUCUGGAGCUGGGAAGCAAACGGCAAGCAUUGCUCAGAUAUCGAGAACCACCCGUCAUCAUGGCUCAGCCGAUUAUUUGAUUCGCAGGAAUUUUACUCGGAUUUGUUCAUUAUAGCCGAUGUUGCUAAUGAGCUCACAUGGAGAGUCGGCACAGAGGUCGUAGUAAGGCUCGUCAGCUUCUUCUGGGCCACAAUUCUUUACUACUAUCGCGUCACUGGAGACAAUCAAGUGACAGAAGGUUUCCGGCAGGACGCAGUGUGCAAGCUUGCCCACCUCCUCUUCAUCCAUUCUAAGAACAUCGGUGAUAAACGCCAGCAAGUUCGGAUUGCAUGGCCGGUUUUCAUUGCUGCUAUCGAGACGACCGACCAGAUCCACAGAGACUGGCUGCUGGGCAGGCUAAGGGGCUGUCGAAAUGCUGAUCAGUAUUACUCCUUGGAAUACACCAUCGCCCUAGACAGAUGUUAG